UGAUGAGUUUUCCUCGCGAGGGGUCCAGAGGCCGGGGGUGCAGGGAAGGGGGAAGAACAGACGUCUCGGGUGGAAGCAAACUACUUUUUUCCCCACCUCUAGUUUUUCCAGAGGGGGAACUGUGCGGUGCGGUGGGUGCGUACGAGCCCCAGCCCGGCUGCCCUCCGGGAUGAAGCGUCUCCAGCUGGAAUCCCUUCACUUCUCCUUCCCCCAGUGGAAUGGUGCUUUCUAGAGGUCUCGGGAUCGCCACGGCUGCAGAGUAAUCCGAGCAGCAGCUGGAGGCUCCGCACCGCCUCCCGUGCCCGGCUUCGGGGCUUUGAUUUCACACUGGGCUCCCUGUCUCCCCUCCUCUCCCUCCUCCUCCUCCUCCUCGGGCCCUCCCCUCAACCCUCGGGAGCGAAGAGAAGCUUUUUGGUGGUUUCUGGUGCUGGGAGGCUCGCAGGGUCUGGAGCUUACUCAAGGGAAAAGCAUCCUGUGCUCCCUCAGGCAGCCACACAGUGAGCAGCAGUAAGUGCACCCCUGUGCAAGACUGAGCUGGGAAUAAAAGGAGAACAAUGCAUUUCCUGGCCUGGUUCAAUUUGCUGCUUCUCCUUCCUUGCUUUGGUACCACAAAAACCUGCUUCCCUGGCUGCCACUGUGAAGUGGAAACCUUUGGUCUCUUUGACAGCUUUAGCUUGACCAAGGUGGACUGCAGUGGAAUAGGCUCCCACAUUGUUCCUGUCCCAAUCCCCCUGGACACCUCCUACUUGGAUCUAUCAUCAAACAAACUGGAAACAAUAAAUGAAUCGAUGCUUACUGGCCCUGGAUACACCACCCUGGUGAGUCUCGACCUGAGCUACAACAAAAUUGCCAAGAUUUCCUCCACGACGUUCUCCAGGCUUCGGUACCUGGAGUCCUUGGAUCUGAGUCAUAACUCUCUGGAAGUCCUUCCGGAGGACUGUUUCUCCAGUUCUCCUCUAAGUGACAUAGAUUUGAGCAAUAACAAACUUUUGGAUAUAGCUAUGGACAUUUUUGCUUCAAAAGGACAAGGCAAAACCCUGAAUGUGGAUCUGUCCAAUAAUAUGCUCCGCACAAUUACAAGACACCAUGAAAAGAGCAUUCCCAACAUCCAGAACUUAAAUCUCUCUGGAAACAGGCUAACAUUUGUACCAAACCUUCAAGGCAUUCCUCUCCGAUAUUUAAAUCUUGAUGGAAAUCCUCUGGUUAAGAUUGAGAAAGGAGAUUUCAUGGGGCUGAAAGACUUGAUUCAUUUGUCCCUCAGUGGCCUGCGUGGCUUUAGGGAGUUAUCUCCUCAGAGCUUCAAGGAACUCCAAGCCCUCCAGGUUCUGGAUUUAUCCAACAAUCCCAACUUGAAGUCACUGUCUUCUGAAGUUAUCUUUGGUCUGAACUCCCUACAGGAGCUCAACCUCUCUGGGACAGGCAUCUCAUCCUUACCAAAGACCUUGCUGAAAUACCUGCCUUCCAUCAAAAGCAUCACCUUAGGAAAGGACAUACAGUGUCUCAAGACCAUCAAAGAAGGACAGUACCACCGACAGAUUGGGCUGACCAAAAAAGAAGUCCUCAGUUGCCAUGACAGCCAUGGAUCCGUAGCAGCAGCACCUUAUGUUUUGUGAUGAAAACUGGGCAGAAGAAGGGGUGGGGCAGGGAGGGUGGGGGGCCGUGGGACUUGUACAGGUGUCGGACUGAGAUGGCUUGCAGUGUGCCUUUUGUAAAACUGUCAAUAAUUUAUAUAUUUGUAUUUGCCAAUAGCUGAUUGUUUGUGGAUUUUAUAAACUCUCGGGUCUGCAUUAUCCUCAGGCUCCGGAUUUUAGCCGGCGCACUGAGGUGCUCACUCAUGCCGCUGGCUCAGGAGCGGUGACGCUGCACCAUGCGGGGACAAGCUGCUCUGCAGGCCCCAGAGCAGAACACUCAGUCUGGAGCAAACCCUUCAUGCCUCAGACACGUUUGUAGGAGCAAAGCUACACCUCUGCAGAGCACACACCAAAACGUACCAGCUCUGUAGCUGCUUGCUUACAAACCCAUGCAUCAUCCUUCUUUUAAUUGUUACUCCCCAAAAUGUGCCUUCUGGAUGUUGCCUUCAUUAGCAGCACCCUGUUUUCUGUCAUGCACUUUCAGUCUUGAAGAAACAUUUCCAGACAAACCUGAACACAGGGUGCACUUAACAUGCUGGGUUUUACAUGUUAUUUGCAUAGGUGUGCAACAAACAUUGAGUAAGCUGAGACAUUUUCCCACCAAUUUCUCCUUGUUUUCCUACCUUGAUCCUUUUCAUGUCUAAUUAACUUAGGUCCAGCUCUGGCAACCUCCUGUUCUUUUUAACCUCAGUGAGCCAUUGGUCAGAGAUGAUGUGCAGCAGAGGAAGGGAAGGAGAGGGGUCUGCUAACAGCCACAUCUCACCCAGGAGCCAGCCUUUGAUGAAGGAGGCUGCAAAGGGAAGAGAUCAUGUAGCCUAGCUCAGGAAAGAAAAAAAAUUGAAAAGAAUUCCUCCUCCCUUUCUGGGGAAGCUUGGAAGGAAACUUUGACAGGGAUUCUUUCUUGAUGACCUUAUCAAACCAAGAUGCAGUCCUAGAGGAUAUGAGAGUAAGUUGUUUCCAGGCUGACAUUCCCCAUCUGAGCACAACAUCUGCAGCUCAUCUGGGCAUAUGUGAGGUAACUUGCAGCGCCAAAACACUUCUGAGAACGUGCCAGGGGAAGAAUUAACACUGAUGAUUGUGGCCCUGAAGCACUUUGCUUAUCGAAGGAAAGAUCUUUUGGAGUUUUUUCCAGAGUUGUGGUUUUUCUUUCUCUCACACAGCUCCUUCAUUGCCAAGUGAAUCUGAUAAACUGAAAUCUGAUAAAAAGCCUGGUCCUCAAUGUUUUGCUGAUUUUUUUUUUUUUCUCUCCAUUGCUGAAAUGCUGUGGAACCCCUCUGGACCCUCUUUUUCUCCAGUCUAGGAGGAAGUGGGAGAAGGCAGCACAACAUGACUCAAUGCCAUGUGUGAAGCCUCCAAUUUGCUUAUACGAGCAGUAGUGGUGACUGCUGAGGUCUGGUCCACAUCUGGCAUGCUUUGUCCAGGGGGAUGGGAUGUUGUGGAUGGUCAAGCUGAUCUGCAGUUUGGUCUCUAAGCCCUGCAUCAGGGCUUUCAAUGUUUGAUUUGGGGAGAUCCAUGUAAAGUGAAGCAGAUAUAAACUCAUCUCACAAUUGUCCUUGGGAGUGUUGGAAGAAGCUCAGGUUUUGUCCUCAUAUCCCCAAAAGUCUUGGAAAGUGGAAACCCUGUUGCCCAAAACCACUGACUCCAUAAAAGUCAGAGUCAACACCUAACUUUAGAUACGGAAAUUUGGUACUGAAAUACUCCCACAUUUCCAUCUAUCUCAAUUUCAAUAAUUUGUUUAGGUAGCUUAGAGUGGGAUUUUCACCUCUUUCUUCAGUUUUGGGGAUUUUUCCCCUCUACUGAGCCUUUGCAAUGUUUGACCAGUCUUCACAAUCACAGGAAAUGCUGAUUUUCUUAAAAAGGCAAUGGGGCUGCCUAUGGGCAGAGAUCUGGAAGGGAACAGAAACAAACUGCAGUGCAGGACAGGGGCAGUUUGUGAGGAAAGAUGUCGGGUUUUACUGGAUUUUGCCUUUUUAAGAGAAUUAUUUUCUGCUGGCAGAAAAUGUAUUUUUUUAAAGAAAGCUGUUUACUUUUUUAAGCCUGUACAUAGAUGAAACAUUACGGUUAUCACCUACUGUCAAAGUUACUGUCUUUGCAGCACUGUGGUAAUUUAAAACCCAAUGUGACAAUCCAAUUGGAGACUGCAAGAUUUCCUUGUGUAAUCUCAUGCUAGCUGCUAGCUAAACUAGUCUUAGCAAAAGCUGGCAAAUACUGUCGCUGUGUUAGUCUGUUUUCUUAAAGAACCUGCAGCAUUGUAAGGCUUUGUGAUUACUCACAAUAUAAUAAAGUGAUUUGGAGGAGAAUAAA